ACUCUACCUCGCGAGCAGCAGAUCGCCCUGUGCGCGCUACAAUCCGUGGGGCGGGGAGACCUGGCGCUCACCCAGCGAGCUCGACUGGUGCUGACGUCCAUUCAGGCCUUUAAAUGUCUCUGUCCCUGCGCAGGAGGGAACGUACUUUGUAGCAGUCACUUUGCCCGAAGGGAGACGCGUCUCUGCUUUUGCAGGCGGCAGCUCGGACUCCCCUCACUCUUCCCAGCGUUGCGUUUGCCUCUGUCUUUGCCUCGAGUUCCCCGCAGCCUCUCCAGCGGGAGGCGCUUUUGGUAUUCGUACCCCGGGCGUGAACCAACAGGACUCCCCAUGCCCUGUGCUUUUUCAGUGGGUUCGAAGAUCAGAGAUUGCGAGGUGCGCUGGGUGAUCGCUCAAGGAGCAGGGAGCUUCCUCCCCCUGAUUUUGGUAGGGGGUGAUUUUUUUUUUUUUUUUACCCGAAAAGCGUCCUCCCCGCUCCUGAAGCUGCAACUUGUUUUGGUUUCUUCUCAGUCCUGUGUGUGGUUACAACAUCAAAGUUUUUCUACCUUACCCUUCCAAAAAUCUAUCCUUUUAAUCCACCCUCCUCCCCCCGCGCUAUCUCCGCCAGGCCUUCUCGCUGUGCGGUGAGUGGAUAGCGGGCGCGCAGUGUGGCAGUGGCGGCGAAGAUUGGCGCUAUCAGGAGGAGCAAAAGGGAAGGAUCUGCUGCUGGGGGCUCGCUGGGUGACCCUUUGCCAGACGAAAAGAGCUGGUCGAGAGAGAAGCGCUUGGCAGGAGCUCUCUGCGGGACCUAAGCUCCGUGGCUGCUCGGGAUCCCUACGUCCGCUGCUGCUGAAGGAGCAGAGGGGAGGACGCCAGCGGUUGCUUACUGGAGCCUGGAGAAAAUGACAAUAGCAUCUUGGAGAGGAAUGCACUGCGGACAUGCCCACUUGACAACUAAAUAGAAAAUGGAAACAUCAUUCCCUAGAAACAGUUGAAGUUGACAGACCUAGAGGUUGACAAAAGGACACGACACUAGGGAAUUUGCAUUGUCAUGUUUCGAAAUACCAUUCCAAAGACCUGCAAAUAAGAUCAGCUUUGAGUGAACUUUGACAGAAGAUGUUUCGACAGUUUUAUCUCUGGACAUGUUUAGCUUCAGGGAUCAUCCUGGGCUCUCUCUCUGAAAUCUGCUUGGGCCAGUAUGAUGAUGACUGGCAAUAUGAGGAUUGCAAACUAGCUAGGGGAGGACCACCAGCUACCAUAGUUGCUAUUGAUGAAGAAAGUCGGAAUGGUACAAUUCUGGUGGACAACAUGCUGAUCAAAGGGACUGCUGGAGGACCAGACCCCACCAUAGAACUUUCUUUAAAGGAUAAUGUGGAUUACUGGGUGUUGAUGGAUCCUGUUAAGCAAAUGCUUUUCCUGAACAGCACCGGAAGAGUUCUGGAUAGAGAUCCACCGAUGAACAUACACUCCAUUGUGGUGCAGGUCCAGUGCAUCAACAAAAAAGUGGGCACUAUUAUCUACCAUGAAGUGCGAAUAGUGGUGAGAGACAGGAAUGACAACUCACCCACUUUCAAGCAUGAAAGCUACUAUGCCACAGUGAAUGAGCUCACUCCAGUUGGUACCACAAUAUUCACAGGAUUUUCAGGAGACAAUGGAGCUACAGAUAUAGAUGAUGGACCAAAUGGACAGAUAGAGUAUGUUAUUCAGUAUAAUCCAGAUGAUCCGACAUCCAAUGACACCUUUGAAAUUCCCCUAAUGUUGACUGGAAAUAUAGUGUUAAGGAAGAGGCUCAACUAUGAAGAUAAGACUCGCUACUUUGUCAUAAUCCAAGCUAAUGACCGUGCCCAAAAUCUGAAUGAGAGGCGAACCACCACCACCACUCUCACAGUGGAUGUUCUGGAUGGAGAUGACUUGGGUCCAAUGUUUCUUCCUUGUGUCCUUGUGCCAAACACUCGUGAUUGCCGUCCACUCACUUAUCAAGCUGCCAUACCUGAGUUGAGAACUCCGGAAGAACUGAACCCCAUUAUUGUUACGCCACCAAUCCAAGCCAUUGAUCAGGACCGGAAUAUUCAACCGCCAUCAGAUAGGCCAGGAAUCCUCUAUUCCAUCCUUGUUGGGACUCCUGAGGAUUACCCACGAUUUUUCCAUAUGCAUCCUAGGACAGCAGAACUUAGUCUCCUGGAGCCAGUAAACAGAGACUUUCACCAGAAAUUUGAUUUGGUUAUUAAGGCUGAACAAGACAAUGGUCAUCCUCUUCCUGCCUUUGCCAGUCUACACAUUGAAAUACUGGAUGAAAACAAUCAAAGUCCAUAUUUUACAAUGCCCAGUUAUCAAGGCUAUAUCCUGGAAUCUGCCCCAGUGGGAGCAACCAUUUCGGACAGUCUCAAUUUGACCUCACCUUUAAGAAUAGUAGCUCUGGACAAGGACAUAGAAGAUACAAAAGACCCAGAGCUUCACCUUUUUCUGAAUGACUACACCUCAGUCUUCACCGUCACACAGACUGGUAUUACUCGCUACCUCACCUUACUUCAACCAGUGGACAGGGAAGAACAGCAAACUUACACCUUUUCGAUAACAGCAUUUGAUGGUGUACAAGAAAGUGAGCCAGUCAUCGUCAAUAUUCAAGUGAUGGAUGCAAAUGAUAACACGCCAACCUUCCCUGAAAUAUCCUAUGAUGUGUAUGUUUAUACAGACAUGAGACCUGGGGACAGUGUCAUACAGCUCACUGCAGUCGACGCAGACGAAGGGUCAAAUGGGGAGAUCACAUAUGAAAUCCUUGUUGGGGCUCAGGGAGACUUCAUCAUCAAUAAAACAACAGGGCUUAUCACCAUGGCUCCGGGGGUGGAAAUGAUAGUCGGGCGGACUUACGCACUCACGGUCCAAGCAGCGGAUAAUGCUCCUCCUGCAGAGCGAAGGAACUCCAUCUGCACUGUGUAUAUUGAAGUGCUUCCACCAAAUAAUCAAAGCCCUCCUCGCUUCCCACAGCUGAUGUAUAGCCUUGAAAUUAGUGAAGCCAUGAGGGUUGGUGCUGUUUUGUUAAAUCUACAGGCAACUGAUCGAGAGGGAGACUCAAUAACAUAUGCCAUUGAGAAUGGAGAUCCUCAGAGAGUUUUUAAUCUUUCAGAAACCACGGGGAUUCUAACCUUAGGGAAAGCACUGGACAGGGAAAGCACUGAUCGCUACAUACUGAUCAUCACAGCUUCAGAUGGCAGGCCAGAUGGGACCUCAACUGCCACAGUAAACAUAGUGGUGACAGAUGUCAAUGACAAUGCUCCAGUGUUUGAUCCUUAUCUGCCAAGAAAUUUAUCUGUGGUGGAAGAAGAAGCCAAUGCCUUUGUGGGUCAAGUAAAAGCAACAGACCCUGAUGCUGGAAUAAAUGGUCAAGUGCACUACAGUUUGGGUAACUUUAAUAAUCUUUUUCGUAUCACAUCCAAUGGGAGCAUUUACACAGCAGUGAAGCUUAACAGAGAAGUCAGGGACUACUAUGAACUUGUUGUUGUGGCAACAGAUGGAGCGGUACACCCUCGUCAUUCAACUCUAACCCUGGCCAUCAAGGUUUUGGACAUUGAUGAUAACAGUCCUGUGUUCACCAAUUCAACAUACACUAUCCUUGUUGAAGAGAAUUUGCCAGCUGGGACUACCAUCCUUCAAAUAGAGGCCAAAGAUGUCGACCUUGGAGCAAAUGUGUCUUACCGGAUAAGAAGCCCAGAAGUGAAGCACUUUUUUGCACUACAUCCAUUUACAGGAGAACUAUCGCUUUUAAGGAGUUUAGAUUAUGAGGCAUUUCCAGACCAAGAAGCAAGUAUCACUUUUCUGGUAGAGGCCUUUGAUAUUUAUGGAACAAUGCCACCUGGUAUUGCUACUGUCACAGUGAUUGUAAAGGAUAUGAAUGAUUAUCCUCCUGUCUUUAGUAAACGAAUAUACAAAGGGAUGGUGGCUCCGGAUGCAGUCAAGGGUACACCUAUCACAACAGUUUAUGCUGAAGAUGCAGACCCUCCUGGAUUACCUGCAAGUCGUGUGAGGUAUAGAGUAGAUGAUGUACAGUUUCCUUACCCUGCCAGUAUUUUUGAUGUGGAAGAAGAUUCUGGAAGAGUAAUAACACGAGUCAAUCUUAAUGAAGAACCUACAACAAUUUUUAAGUUGGUGGUGGUUGCUUUUGAUGAUGGGGAGCCUGUGAUGUCCAGCAGUGCCACAGUGAAGAUUCUUGUCUUACAUCCUGGUGAGAUCCCACGCUUCACACAGGAGGAAUAUAGACCUCCUCCAGUAAGUGAACUUGCCACCAAAGGGACCAUGGUUGGUGCAAUUUCUGCUGCUGCCAUUAAUCAAAGUAUUGUGUACUCCAUUGUUUCAGGAAAUGAAGAAGAUACAUUUGGAAUUAAUAACAUCACAGGUGUUAUCUAUGUGAAUGGACCUCUGGAUUAUGAGACCAGGACAAGCUAUGUACUUCGAGUCCAAGCUGAUUCCCUGGAAGUGGUCCUUGCCAAUCUCCGAGUUCCUUCAAAAAGCAAUACAGCUAAAGUAUACAUUGAGAUUCAGGAUGAAAAUAAUCAUCCCCCAGUGUUUCAGAAAAAAUUCUACAUCGGAGGUGUAUCUGAAGAUGCAAGAAUGUUUACUUCUGUACUCAGAGUGAAGGCUACUGAUAAAGAUACUGGCAAUUAUAGUGUCAUGGCCUACAGACUCAUAAUACCACCAAUUAAAGAGGGAAAAGAAGGAUUUGUAGUGGAAACAUAUACAGGGCUUAUCAAAACUGCUAUGCUCUUCCAUAAUAUGAGGAGAUCCUACUUCAAGUUUCAAGUUAUUGCAACUGACGACUAUGGGAAGGGACUGAGCGGCAAAGCCGAUGUACUCGUCUCCGUGGUCAAUCAGCUGGAUAUGCAAGUCAUUGUUUCCAAUGUGCCUCCUACUCUAGUGGAAAAAAAGAUAGAAGAUCUUACAGAGAUCUUGGAUCGCUAUGUUCAGGAACAAAUUCCUGGUGCCAAGGUCGUAGUGGAGUCCAUUGGAGCUCGCCGGCAUGGAGAUGCCUUUUCCCUAGAAGAUUACACCAAAUGUGACUUGACUGUCUAUGCAAUUGACCCCCAAACCAACAGAGCCAUCGAUAGAAAUGAGCUUUUUAAAUUUUUGGAUGGCAAACUACUUGAUAUCAAUAAAGACUUUCAGCCGUAUUAUGGGGAAGGAGGACGCAUUCUGGAGAUCCGGACUCCAGAGGCAGUGACCAGCAUUAAAAAGAGAGGAGAAAGUCUAGGAUACACAGAAGGGGCCUUGUUGGCUCUGGCCUUCAUCAUCAUCCUCUGCUGCAUUCCUGCCAUCUUGGUGGUUUUGGUCAGCUACAGACAACGUCAAGCUGAGUGUACAAAGACUGCACGAAUUCAGGCCGCAUUACCCGCGGCUAAACCAGCAGCGCCGGCCCCUGCACCAGUGGCAGCGCCCCCGCCGCCGCCGCCGCCUCCGCCAGGUGCGCAUCUCUAUGAAGAACUUGGAGACAGCUCAAUGAGAGGUUAUGGAUCAGAGCAACAGCAACUGCUGAGGCCCUCUCUUCUUAAACCAGAGGAAUUAUCCAUGGAGUCUGGAAUUGAUCCUGGCCAGGAAUAUGGACAAGAUUAUUACAGUUAUGAGCAUGGGUAUGAAAUGCCUCAAUAUGGGAGUCGCCGUCGAUUGUUACCACCAGCUGGACAGGAGGAAUAUGGUGAGGUGGUUGGUGAAGCUGAGGAAGAAUAUGAGGAGGAAGAGUGGGCAAGAAAAAGAAUGAUCAAGUUAGUUGUUGAUCAAGAGUAUGAAACCAGCUCAACUGGAGAAGACAGUGCUCCUGAAUGUCAGAGAAACCGUCUUCACCAUCCUAGUAUCCACAGUAAUAUCAACGGCAAUAUAUAUAUUGCACAGAAUGGUUCUGUGGUGAGAACCCGCCGUGCCUGCCUCAUGGACGACUUAAAAGUUGCUUCCCCUGUUCGACUGGGAAGGCCCUUUAAGAAACUAGACAAGUUGGCAGUGACACAUGAGGAGAAUGUACCUCUGAACACAUUAUCAAAGGGGCCAUUUUCUACUGAAAAAAUGAAUGCAAGACCAACUCUGGUUACAUUUGCCCCUUGCCCUGUGGGGACUGACAAUACAGCGGUGAAGCCACUAAGGAACAGGCUGAAAAGCACAGUUGAACAGGAGUCCAUGAUUGACAGUAAGAACAUCAAGGAGGCUUUGGAAUUUCAUAGUGACCACACACAGUCUGAUGAUGAAGAGCUUUGGAUGGGCCCCUGGAACAACCUCCAUAUACCAAUGACAAAACUGUGACCAAUUUUUUAAAAGAUAUUUUAAUUAAUUUUUACUUACGUUUUUAAUAAACUGUGCUUUUUAUUGUCACUGAGAAAACAAUGUAUGGAAUUUAUAUCAUGCACACAAGCUAAAACUUUGAACAAUAUGCUUUAAAAUUUUAAGAGACAGAUUUGCACUCACAUUGUUAUCAAUUAAUCGUUUUUCCCAGAAAAUCCUUUUGGACAUGCUUUCACUAAAUAACCUAUCGUUUAAACAUUUAGCUGUUUUGUUGGGUCUUGAAUUUUUGUUCAUUUUAAUAAACAAGAAAUAAUUACUAAGUAAUCAUUUAUAUUUUGUUGAUUAACAUAGAUUAUGCUUUAUUUCUAGCUCCACAAAACAUUUUUAGUACAUGUAAUUUUAUUUUCCAUAGCCAAAAGGGCAAAAAAGAAGAGGAUAUUUACAGGCAAUGAGUUUAUACAGCUGCUGUCUAUACUGCCCUAAUUUUUAAAAUGAAAGCAAGAAUUGCAAAGUAAAGUAAAUGAGGGAAUCACCUGUAAAUAAUUAAUUAAUUAUUUUAAAUCAUGAGCUUGUUUUCUUUCUUUAUUGUCCUGUAUAAAGGUUUUCACAUUUUACCAUAAAUACAUUUAUAUCUUGACCCUUUAGGAAACCACUUGAAGUCAUAUGUCUUUUUAUCAAUAUUAUUUACAAUAUUCUCUUGUCCCUCCAUCUCAUAUCAAAUAUGGUAGAUACUUUAGUUUAAUCAAUCACUUGAGGUUAAAUAAUUGUUUGGAGCAACAUGGAAAUCUCACCCUUAGCAAAAGCUUUUAGGGAAGUGAGAAAGGUUCGAGUAAGCAAUAAUGCAUCUAGAACGACAAUUUCAUAAUGGAAGACAUGGUGAGGUUAGGGAAGUCUCACAUUAAUGUCACUAGACUUUAAUAGUUUGUAAACCCAGCAUAUCAGAGUAAAGGAAUUUGGCAGGGUUGAAAUGUAUAUAAUAAUAUAUAAAGCUUAUAAAGGCUAUGAAUUCAUAACUUCAAAUGUGUUUAACUUCUUCCAUUUUCAGUUUAUUUAUAGAAUAUUUUAAUGCACAUAUUUAUGUGCCUAAAAUCCAGAACCAGGAAAUCAUUGCCUGGGCAUUUUUUAAAAUCAAAGAACAUAGUCUUGAUUUUUUACCAUUGAACAAAGCACAGUGUUUCAUCAUAAAUAGAAAUGAAAACAGAAUAUCCUUUAAAAAACUUGCCUUGUGUGUUGCUUAUUUUCCAGAUGAUGUAAAAAGAAUGAAACAAUAUAGAUUAAGAGAAUUCAGAAUUCUACUGAAUAUUACUUAGUAUGAUAUAGAUGUAGCUCACUUCAAAUUUUGCACAGUAUUGGCCAAGUUCAGGUUUUAAUGAAAUUUCCUCAUGCAUGCUUAAUAUAUGGUUGAAGGACUGAAUAAUGCACUAUUAUUUAUUCCCCUCUUACAUGUUUCACAUCUUAAAAAUUGUUUAUUAUUAUGCUAUUUCCUCAUUUCCAAAGUGAAUGAAUUGUAUUAACAUAAACUUGCCAACUUGUAAGAGUAGUAUGUUUUUACUUCAGAUUUCCAAGAAAAUAUUUGAGAUCAAAUACAGUAACAUCUCAUCUACCUUAUUUUAUUGAAAAUUAAUACAUUCCAUACCCUUGCCAAAAAAAAAAAAAAACCUAGUGGCAUUAGCUAGAUUAGAAACGUAGAAUCAUGACCACACCUCUUGGCCUGCCAAUCAAGCAUCCACAUUUUCAAAAGAUCCUAAGGUGGUUUAUAUGCAUAUUAAAUUUUGGAAGCAAUGAAGUCUGGGGCUUAUUCCUUCAGGCACCAAAGCAAUGGUUUUUAGUAUAGGAUACUUUGUAUAGGAAUUAGAUUAAGCAUUUAUUUCCCUACUAAUUCAAUCAGACGUCAUCGAAUAUAAUUUAAUAUUAUCUUGAUACCCCCAGAUCAUCUCAGUCAGCAUCCCUUGAUAUUCUCUCUAUAUACAGCUUCAUGGCUGUGUUUUUGUCCUUUGAUUUCUGGCUGUGACAUUUAACUUAUUCUGUUGUUGUUGUGCCUUUCUCACAUUUUUUUCUUUCAGUUUAUAGCUUCUAGUAUCCUGAUGGGAAAGUUUGUGUUUUUUGUUUGUUUUCUUAUUGUUGAAAAAUCAUGAAGCUUAAGAUGGGAAUUAGGUACACGGAUUCAAUCAAAUGUUUUGCGACUCUUAGAUGCUUUCUUUGGUUACCAGUAGAUUUGGAAAUCUGAUGUUGGCAGAAGUCUAGUGGCCUGACAUAUGAGAUGUCACUGUAUUUUAAACUACAUUUUUUAUGAGAAAAUAUGCAAAAUUUUACAAGCCACUUAGCAGACACAUUUCAGUAAUUUAAACUUGAUCAUUUCAGUAAAAACAAUCAUGAGGUCAAUCUGUUACUUAAUGGAGAUAGUAUAAAGAGAAGCAGAAUUUACACAGAGCAACCAAACCAAAUAUUUGGUCAGAAUAUUUUUGGGUAACAUAGAGCAGCAAAAUUAUUACUAACUAAAUAAAUCUGGAUCAAUUAAAUAGUUACUUUAAUAGAACUUUCACUAGUCUAUAAAUCCCUGACUCAGGAUUAAAACUGUGGAACCCAGAGGAAAUACCCAGGUAUGUUUAAUCUUAAGAAUACUUCAUAUAAAUAAUGUUUCAAUGUAAAUUUUUAUAAAGAAAUUGGUUGUUAUUUUUCCUAGGAAGGUGUAAGGAAGGUUUUCUUGUUGUUCUCAAUCAGCACUAGCUUCAAUCAGGCAGAAGAAACAGCAGGUCUUGGCUAAUCAAGGUGAGAACAGAAUGAUGUAAUGACUAAUAUUGCAACCCGUUGAUUUUAGAAGGUCUUGUGGGCAUUAAGGGAAAGCAGAGGAAGAAUGAGAAAAUAUGGUCAGAGUGACAUAGGACAUUUGUGACUUAAUGACCAUCGAAUCACAGGUGUUAAUCUCCCUCUCUCAAUUUGUCUUUCUCAUUAAUUACAGACUCUGAGAGUUGUCAUAGAAUUGCAACCGUAGGUUGGCCAAAACCAUCUUUUUAAAAUACAGAAGAAAGUUUGCCUUGAAUUGUAUAUGUGAUAUGUCAUUCAUCUUAUUUUACCACAUUGGUCACAGGGUGUUAAAGAGUAUUAUUUACUUAAGUGGUUGUUCCAAAGGUGAUUCAGUAGUUACUAUUAAAAUAUUAUUUAAAAACAUUUUUAUAUCAUAGAGCCAGAAGUAAUUGAAUAUUGACUCUCGAGGGAAGACAUUUUCUGUCUCUUACUUCAUCAGCUUUGAUUUUUCUCUUUCUCUGCUUCACCUUCUGCACUUUAUACCUUAAGUGGGAUUUAUAUACCACUUGAAUUUAAUUAGUAAAAUAGGCAAAAAGUGCUAAUAAUCUAUUCUCAGGGCGGAUGCCUAUUGGUGCCUGCAAAUUACACAGUGAUAAGGCUGAAGGAUGGGUUCAAAAUAAUAUUGAGGACUUACACAUUUUAUAGAUAGUUUCUUUCUAUUCCCAAAUGGUAUGUGAAAUUUUUGUUCUAAUUUUUUUAUUGGUUUUCAAUAGUUAAUUUUGAUCUUUAUCAUAAGAAUCUGUAGUUAUAGACUGGUAUUUUUUUUCAUUGCAAUCUACUUUAAAUUUAUGGUCAGUUAAGCACAUGUAUGGAAGAUUCGAACAUUGUCUAUAGUUUGAAAAAUCUAUCAACACCUUCACUGCUUUCCCAAUUUCUUUAUCCAAAUACCUGUUCUUCCUUAACAAAUAUUAUGUUACUGUAUAAGAAUCUGAAUUAGAAGUUUUAAGUUAAAAUGCAUUG